AAAAAAAAAAAUAAUAUAAUUCCCACAUUAAAAAGUCUUUAUUUACCUAAUAAACAUACGACUUGUUAGAUUUCGAGCGCAUUUGCAGGGUGUUGUCUAUUACAAACACCUUUUAUGCCUGUCUAACUGUCGUAAGUUCAAGUAUUAACGAACUUUUUAAAGUUUCAAUGAAAUCAUUUUCUCCAAGAAAAAAAAAGCUUAAAUUCGAAUUUACUGAAUUACAAAUGGCUACUACAAUCGCAGAUUCUUCUUCUAUGACCAUUUCUCUAGCAGCAUCAUCAUCAUCAUCUGCUGCUUCCUCUUCAUGUUUAUCAUUAUCAUCAAAUAGUUCACAAUCUUCUUCAACGGCUUUUUCAAAUACAAAUCAUCAUAUUCCAAUAGCUAUUACAAUUCCUCCAGAGAUUUUUAUUAAAAUAUGUGAACACCUACCGCCAUCAGAUCUUUUAACAUUGACGGGCGUUUGUAAAAGAUUCCGAGGAUUUUUGUGUUCCCCAGAAUCUUCGAUUACACAGGAUAUUUGGCGUACUUCUAGGAUCAAAUUUCUUACAGGUCUUCAAUUAUCUCCACCCGAAGGAAUGUACGAAGAAGAGUAUAUUCGAUUUGGAAAGCUAUUAACAAGUUGUCAAAAUUGUUCAACAAAAAAAACUGUGAAGGUUUAUUGGCAAUUUCGUGUAAGAUAUUGUCAUGAUUGUUUGAUGAAAAACACUACUUCAAUUAUUUUUAGUAAAGAUCACGCAUGGGAGAACGAUAAAGUUCUCGAAGGUUUAGUUUACGUACGUCAUAAUAAUCAAGUUCUUUUUUGGACUCCUGAUGUUAAAUCAUCUUACAAGGAAUAUGAAGUGAUUAGUGGUAGUAAAUUUCCGGAAUGGGUUAAAAAGAGAAAGGAAUGUCGUAUAAGAAUUAUGGAAGAUGCAUUAAAACGUGAUAAUUCAGCUGCUUCCGCCGAGGAAGAAAAAAAUAAACAAUCUGGUACUACAGCCGAUACUACACAAAAUAUUGCUGCCACGGUCAGCGCAUUAGGAGUUGAUGUUGAUCCUAGACAAUUUCCACUUUCUCAAAUUCGUAUUACCGGAACAAGAUCAAAUGUUUCAUCAGCUUUGCAACAUUUUCCACAUAUUGAUACUCUUGAUAUCAUGAUCAUGGAUUCUCCCUAAAUUUAACAAUAACUGAAUAAUACGAAUAAUGCGUAUAGUACAAAAAAACGGGUAAAAAAGACCAUUAAUCACAUAAUAUAAUCUGCGUGUGCCAUAAGAGAAUAAGAGCGGGUUCCUCUCCGAUGGAUGUAUUGCGAUACUUCUUUUCUAUCGUACAAUCAGUCGUUCGUUCUUUUUCAUUCUUUUCUUUCUUUAUUAUCAUUAUUAAUAUUCCUUUUUUUUAUCGCUUUAUAUUUAUUGCAAUUGAUUGAAUACUUGGCUCAUUAUUUAUUAAUAUAGAUGCUUGUAUAUAGUUUAAGGAAAAAAAGGAGAAAAAAAAAAA